CGGCUGUGCAGUCAAAGAGCCGGGACAGCGAAGCGCCGGUGGGUCGCAGCUGGAUCGCAGGCGCCUGGGAACUGUAAGCUGGAGAGACCGCUGAAUCCCAGGUCGGGCAGAGGAAGGAAGCGAGCCGCUCCGGAGGUGACGCUGAGAGUAGAGUGUGGCAGUAAAAUCAGACGACAGAUGGACAGUGUGACAAGAACGUCAGAGAGGAUUGGGCCUCGUUUUGAGAGUCAGCCUGGAGUCAAGGUGUUGACAAGUCGCUGAAAAGGACACCAGGGAGGACUGUGGCACACAGAGGGAGUAGAGCCCUGACUUCAGUCACACCAUUGAUGGAGGACAGAUGGACAGCCGGAUGGCCAGUCACCUCUCUUAAACCUUUGGAUAGUGGUCCCUCGUCUUCUGCUGGCCACCUGUUAGGGAUUUUAGCCCAUUCUCUGAACUCUCUUUCCCUCAACACGUAAACUCAGACUGCAGUGUACAAGCAGACUCCUCUAUUGCGGGGUGACAGAGCUGCAAACAUGAGCGCUGAGGGAUACCAGUACAGAGCACUGUAUGACUACAAGAAGGAGAGAGAGGAGGACAUCGACCUGCACUUGGGUGACAUAUUAACUGUGAAUAAAGGGUCCUUAGUGGCACUUGGAUUCAGUGAUGGACAGGAAGCCCGGCCUGAAGAUAUUGGCUGGUUAAAUGGCUACAAUGAAACCACCGGGGAGAGGGGAGACUUUCCAGGAACAUACGUUGAAUAUAUUGGAAGGAAAAGAAUUUCACCUCCCACUCCCAAGCCCCGGCCCCCACGACCUCUUCCUGUUGCACCAGGUUCUUCAAAAACUGAAGCAGACACGGAGCAACCAGGUCAGUAUGCUUUGACCCUUCCCGAUCUGGCUGAGCAGUUCGCCCCUCCUGAUGUUGCCCCACCUCUCCUUAUCAAGCUAGUGGACGCCAUUGAGAAGAAAGGACUGGAAUGUUCGACUCUAUACAGAACACAGAGCUCCAGCAACCCUGCAGAAUUACGACAGCUUCUUGAUUGUGAUGCCGCCUCAGUGGACUUGGAAAUGAUUGAUGUACAAGUUUUAGCAGAUGCUUUCAAACGCUAUCUCUUGGACUUACCAAAUCCCGUCAUUCCAGGAGCUGUUUACAAUGAAAUGUCUUUAGCCCAAGAAGUACAAAGCCCUGAAGACUAUAUCCAGCUAUUGAAGAAGCUCAUUAGGUCACCUAAUAUACCUCAUCAGUAUUGGCUUACGCUUCAGUAUUUGCUUAAACAUUUCUUCAAGCUCUCUCAAGCCUCCAGCAAAAAUCUUUUGAAUUCAAGAGUACUUUCUGAGAUUUUCAGCCCUGUGCUUUUUAGAUUCCCAGCAGCCAGCUCUGAUAAUACUGAACACCUCAUAAAAGUGAUAGAGAUUUUAAUCUCAACUGAAUGGAAUGAGCGACAGCCAGCACCAGCACUGCCCCCUAAACCACCCAAGACCACUACUGUAGCCAACAACGGCAUGAACAACAAUAUGUCCUUACAGGAUGCUGAAUGGUACUGGGGAGACAUCUCAAGGGAAGAAGUGAAUGAAAAACUCCGAGAUACAGCUGACGGCACCUUUUUGGUACGAGAUGCAUCUACUAAAAUGCACGGCGAUUAUACUCUUACACUAAGGAAAGGAGGAAAUAACAAAUUAAUCAAAAUAUUUCACCGAGAUGGAAAAUAUGGCUUCUCUGAUCCAUUAACCUUCAACUCUGUGGUUGAACUAAUAAACCACUACCGGAAUGAGUCUCUAGCUCAGUAUAACCCCAAGCUGGAUGUGAAGCUGCUCUACCCAGUGUCCAAAUACCAGCAGGAUCAAGUUGUCAAAGAAGAUAAUAUUGAAGCUGUAGGGAAAAAAUUACAUGAAUAUAAUACUCAAUUUCAAGAAAAAAGUCGGGAAUAUGAUAGAUUAUAUGAAGAAUACACCCGUACUUCCCAGGAGAUUCAGAUGAAAAGAACAGCUAUCGAAGCAUUUAAUGAAACCAUAAAAAUAUUUGAAGAACAAUGCCAGACCCAGGAGCGGUACAGCAAAGAAUACAUAGAAAAGUUUAAACGUGAAGGCAACGAGAAAGAAAUUCAAAGGAUUAUGCAUAACUAUGAUAAGCUAAAGUCUCGAAUCAGUGAGAUCAUUGACAGUAGGAGGAGAUUAGAGGAAGACUUGAAGAAGCAGGCAGCCGAAUACCGCGAGAUUGACAAGCGCAUGAACAGCAUUAAGCCAGACCUCAUUCAGCUGAGAAAGACAAGAGACCAAUACUUGAUGUGGCUGACGCAGAAAGGUGUUCGGCAGAAGAAGUUGAACGAGUGGUUGGGAAACGAAAACACUGAAGACCAAUACUCACUGGUAGAAGAUGAAGAGGACUUGCCCCACCACGAUGAAAAGACAUGGAAUGUUGGCAGCAGCAAUCGAAACAAAGCUGAGAAUCUAUUACGGGGGAAGCGAGAUGGCACUUUUCUUGUCCGGGAGAGCAGUAAGCAGGGCUGCUAUGCCUGCUCUGUAGUGGUAGAUGGCGAAGUCAAGCAUUGCGUAAUCAACAAGACUGCCACCGGCUAUGGCUUUGCCGAGCCCUACAACCUGUACAGCUCCCUGAAGGAGCUGGUGCUACAUUAUCAACACACCUCCCUCGUGCAGCACAAUGACUCCCUCAAUGUCACACUAGCAUACCCGGUAUAUGCACAACAGAGGCGAUGAAGCGCGCGCCACCCUCGGAUCCAGUUCCUCACCUUCAAGCCACCCAAGGCCUCUGGGAAGCAAAGGGCUCCUCUCCAGCCCGACCUGUGAACUGAGCUGCAGAAACGAAGCCGGCUGUCUGCACGUGGGACUAGAGCUUUCUUGGACAAAAAGAAGUCGGGGAAGACACGGCCGCCUAGGGCUGUUGGAUGACUAGACAUUUCUAACCUUAUCCUUUUUCUUUCUUUUUUAAUUUAAAGCCACAACAUACACCAACACACAGAGAAAAAGAAAUGCAAAAAUCUCUCCGUGCAGGGACAAAGAGGCCUUUAACCAUGGUGCUUGUUAAUGUUUUCUGAAGCUUUACCAGCUACAAGUUGGAACUUUGGAGACCAGAAGGUAGACAGGGCUGAAGAGCCUGGGCCUGGGACCGCUUGGUCCAGCCUGGUUUAGCCUGGGUGUCGCUGGGUGUGGUGAACCCAGACACGUCGCACUGUGGGUUACUUCCUUUUUAAUGAACGAAUGAUGUGAAGCGGAGAGGCAUGUCUGCUCUCACAGGACACUUUGAGAGAACAUUGAUGCAGUAUGUUCGGAGGAAAAACAAAAACACCAGAAAACGUUUUGCUUAAAACUUGUCAAAUCAACAACCCACAAACAGAAUAAAGGAGUGUGGACAAGGGAACUUAAAAUGACAUUCAGUAUAUAAAAUAUGUACAUAUUAUUGGGUGACUAACUAUCAAAUAGAUGGAUUUGUAUCAAUACCAAAUAGCUUCUGUUUUGUUUUGCUGAAGGCUAAACGUGCAGCGCUAUGCAAUUCUUACUUUUUAUUACGUCGUUACCAGUUUCAAACACACCUUCAGAAGAAGCUUUCCCUCAUGCCCCGGUUUUUGUUGCUUGAAAAUAUUGUCCCUCGUUUUUGUUAAUAUUUGUUUUGUUAUUCUUACUUUUUUUUUUUCUUAAGAAAUGUACAGGAUGCCAGAAAGGAAAAUGGCUUAAGAAUUAAAACUAUGAAAUAUUUUACAGUUUUUCUUGUACAGAAUACUUGGCUGUUAGCCCAAGGUUAAAAAGUUCAUAACAGAUUUUUUUUUUUUUUUUGACUAAAUGUUGGGCAGGGCCUGAUAAGCUUUGAAGCUGCUUUAUUCAAUAAAAAAGAAAAAGAAAACGAUAUAUGAUGUGACAAAGUAUUGCUGAGUCCAACAGUGUUGUUUUAAGACUCUUGAAAUACGGUACCUGGCAAUGUUUGUUUCCUAAUGAAUUGUGAACUUCUUGAAUCUGGAGGGGAAGGUAGCCAUGGGUUGUAACAGGUGGGAGGGGCGGGAGGGGAGCAGGUAAGGUGGUGUGCACUUUCUGGGGAUUCCAGAGAAGGGGAGAAGUGAGGCUGCUUUGUCUCCAUUUGGUAGUUAUUACUAAUUAACAGCAACUCCAGACCUACUCUAACUCCAUCGCAGCGUAGCUGGCCAGCAUCUCUGUUCUCACGAAAGAAGUGCUGAGUUUGUUUUGGGGUUCCUGGAAUGUGCCCUUUUUGUUGUUGUUGUUGAACACACUGGUCUCAAGAUUGAAUCUCUGCAUUUAGAAGAUGUGUUCUUUCUCCUUUUAAUAUUGGGUUAGUCACAGCAGCCAGCCACCAUUCGUUUCAACAAAAGCGUGAUCUGAAAAGCAAUCCUUUCGAUUGGGCUUUGUUAUCUUCCUAGCUCUCCAUUCACUGUAGAACGUGCAAGUAGAUGGUCACUAUGCUUUGUAGAAAUGGUGAAAAGAAAUGCAAAUGGCAGUUCUUCUCAUUCACAUCACUGUGCAUGUUGUACUCGAUGGUGAGGAAAAGGAGCAGUUGGUGGCAUCUUUAAGACAAGUGUUCAAGUUUCGCUACCCUGAUGUGCAUGUGCAAAAGCUGGUGUGUUCAUUGGGAAUUGUCAUGUGCUGUGAAGAGUGGAAGCUAACCAAAGUCAUGGUCACAGCCCUGUAGAUUCAAAGAGCACCUUCAGCUUCAUUUCCCCUUUCUCAAUAUUAGACAUACCCACUGUUUUUUGCUGUUUUCAUCUUUUGGAAUUUGCAGCCUGGUGGCUGGGUUAAUGGUCUGUAGAAUGUAUUGUUUUUCUUCCUAUGAAGCCAUUGCUCAUCCUCACAAGCAAAAGUUGGUCAGCCAGACUGUGAGCCCGCAAACUUGACCCUUCUAACCUGACUGAGUCCUUACUGACAGGCAAUUGAUGAUUUCCUGGGUUUACUCUGGGCUUUGCAACCUCCCAUGGUAGCAUUCUGCCAUGCCACAUAAGACUGAACAGUUAAUAGUUGUUUGUAAGCUAGGUUGUGGUUGGAGUUGCUUUCUUUUUUUCUUCCAUUCUUUUUUUUUCUUUUUUUAAAGUAGCACAUCAUGUAUGCUAUCCCAUACACAUAACUUUCAUUUUAAUUUUUAAAAUAGAUCUGAGAUUAGCCAUUCCAAGUUCUGUUAGUGUUUUUUUUCUUCAACACUCUUUGCAAGAUGACUUGCAAAAAAUGUCUCAUCUCACAGACUUUGGUACAAUAGAUUUUCCAUUAGUCAGAAGGCAGAAGUCAUUUUUCUACACAAUAGUGAACUGUGUCGCACCUGUCCUGCUGAGUGCCUUUUUGAUGACAGGUUAGUAUGCCACCAAGUCAGUCCUUAGAGAAGUCUGAUUACUAAGUUUCUGUGAUCAUCAAGGCAGUCAUCCAGUAGCAUCUAUUGAGUGGUUCAUGAGUGUAGAUGGAUACAGCACUCCUGAUAUGCAAGCAUCCCCACAUAGCUUUUCUCACCAACUGUCACAUCCUAAAGACAGCCAGACACUAAGCUGCUGAAAGGCUGAGCUAGACUAAAGCAGUGGGGGGGUUGGGACCACAUAUCCCACACCAGAGCGGUCAUAACCACAUGAAAAGGCAGCAAGCAUAUGUUUGCAACAUUUGACAACUUCACGGCCCUGGAUAUAUGUAUAUAUGUAUAUGUGCAUGGACUGUGUUUUCAGUACACCUUUCAGCCACACAGAUCCACAGUCGAGUUCAAAUACCUAACAAGCAGGUGUCUAGUACAGUCUUGUAUAUGUGUGUGGGUUUUUUUUUUCCUUUGAUGUUGCUUCGUUUUGUCUUGUAAAGGUGAACAUUGUUGGCAAAUAAAGUGAGAAGUUCAUCAUUUGACAUUUUUCUGUUUUUAGAAGCUACGCCCUUUCAGGGAGCAGGUCUGAAUGUCUUGCUUACCUGACAUAUAUUUGUUUUCAGUGUUGUCAAGUCAGAGUGUGUUUCUGUGAGCUGUCAGUGUGAGGAACCAAUCCCUUUGUCACAUAUCUGGUUAAGAGCUAGUAACUUGUUUGGGAAGUCCUACUGUUGUUUCUUAUUGGGAGAAGGUUCCUGCUGGUUUUCCCAACUGUGCUUUUGCAAUGCAUGGUAUCUAAGUCAGUUGGAAAAGUGGGCGUUGCUGUCUGUUUGAAUUUAGGGUCAUUUAAGAAAGGGGCAGUUAAAGCACAAUGCCUCACAUGGGACAAAGUUCCAAAAUGCCAAAUUCUCCUGUUUUUUUACAAAAAUCUAUAGUUAUAUAUCAAAUAACUAGUAGUGAGGGUAGGGAGAAUGUGGCUCAUUGAACAGACUCUCCAACUUCACACCGAACUUGUCACCAUGAGAUAGCAUUGGCUGCCCAGGAUGCUGCUAUUUAAGAAAAAAAUAAAAAGCAAAACAAAACAAAACAAAACAAAAAAAACCCACCCUCAUUUAUAUGUGUGUAUUUUUUAAAGCUACACUCUGUUCAAUGUUUUUACAAAUCUGUUUAUAUGACAUUGAUAAAAUAAAGUUGGUCUUUUGACGAGAGGGAGGAUGUCAUGGUCAGUUGUAAUUUUGCCUUUACAAGGCAACUGGGGUGGGGGGAGGGAGUGUGCCUCCUUGACAUUUUGUUCAAGUUAUAGAUUCAGUGAAGCUAUGUAUUGUUUUAAGUUGCUUAAUGCAUUGUAUUAGGUCCUCAAACAGAAUAAAGGUUGUUUUGAAACUUAA